AGCCCUUGCAGGGGGACUAGGACGCUGCCUUUUCUCACCAGAGAAGCGCAGCUCUGCAAACCUAGUUGGACUUAACCCUUUCCUUGCUGUGGGUCCUCCUGCUGGGUGGGUCACGUCUGCUGAACCAGGCAAACCCUCGAACCCAGACCCCACGGGACGGGACAGCAGUGAAAGGAAACAGAACAAGGAUGAUCCAGCGACCUGGAGUCGAUUUGGGCAGCACCUGCUAAGGCCUAGUUGACCCUGGGGAUAAAAGCAGUGCCAAGGGAAGCUUUGAAACAGUUCAUUCGAACACAGCUCAGACCCAGCCUGGCUGGUCCGGAUAUUCAGACAAAACUCACCAUCAAAUUAUAUUUGAAAGGAGUUUUUCCUGAUCACCCCACGUAGCCAAACCGCGCCUGAGCUGUAAUCCAGUGAGCUGCUUUGAAACUGUCCUUACGAAGGGCUCUGCCGGCACCGCCAGACCCAGUGCGAACAGGCCUCAGUUACCGCUGGCUGCAGAAAGGUGAACAUGUCCCCUGGUUUGGAGUCUGCAAGUCUUUCGGAGACAGAAAAGAUGUGGAACGGGUCGUAUCCCGCUGAGAAGAUGAAGCUAGAGCCACUCCCGGGUUCCCAGGAAACCCCAAUGAAACAAAACGGAACAGCUUAUGUGCCCAUCCCCCCCAAGGCUGGAGAGAGCUGCACAAUCUGCCCUACAGGUUUGCUGUCUGGGUUGAAACCAAGGGCACGUCGCUGGGCAGUUCUGAGCCUGGUUCUCAAUCUUGUACUGAUCAUCACCAUCCUCCUCAUCAUCCCCAUCACACUGUCAGCAAAGAAACUUGAGCCGUGUCCAGCUGGUGCUGCCUCCCCAGUGGCUGCCUGCCCAGACGGCUGGGUCGGGUACCUGCGGAAGUGUUACUAUUUCUCAGAGGCUGAAGGGAGCUGGACCUACAGCCAGAGCCGCUGUUCUGCCCUCGGUGCCUCCCUGGUGGCAAUUGACACCCAGCAGGAAAUGGAUUUCCUGAUGCGCCAUAAAGGACCCUCUGACCACUGGAUCGGCCUCCAAAGGGAACCGGGCCAACCAUGGAGAUGGACCAGUGGGAGUGAAUUCAACAACUGGUUUCCAAUAGCGGGAGGAGGCCUGUGUGCUUUUGCGAACCACGAUGGUAUUGCCAGUUCAGGCUGCUCCAUAGAGGGACACUGGAUCUGCAGCAAAGCAGCGGAGAAACCAGCAGACAGAGCACAGUGACUGACCCUGGAUGCGUCGGGCCUUGUCCUGUCAGUGGGGCUGGCCCAGCUGCCUCAGCGCGUGGGGAACUGGACGGGGCUGGCGAAGGGGGACAGCCCAGCAGCAAGGAAGAGAGACGCUCGCUGAAGGACAUCAGGUAGCUCCUCCCCUUGGAGCCUCUGGCCCCCAUUGGCCCAUUGGGGACUGGGGUGAGGGUGCGGAUUGGCCGGCAGCCCCCAGCUCACUCUCUGGCACAGAGACAGGAACCUUCUGACUUGGAAAUCAGCAGGGGAGCAGCCAAGCUGCUGUGUCCCUCCUGUCAGGGGCUCAGGGCAGGAGCCUGGCCCGGGCUGUGGCUAGAGCCAAUGUACCGGCUGGGGCCAGCAGGAGGUGCUGCGGCCCCUGCAGCCAUGGGGCGAAGGGGCCGGCGUGACCCCUGCAGCCAUGGGGCGAAGGGGCCGGCGUGAACCCUGCAGCCUGGGUCGAGGACGCAUGAACUCUGCUGUGCAGCGAGAAGGGCUGUUGUGCCGGCCCUGCUGAGCGCUGGGGGAGCAAGAAGAGACGCCGCGGCCAGGAGGGGAUUGCUGGGACAUGCUAGGACAGACGUGUGUGUGUGUGUGUGUGUGUGUGUGUAUGUCUAUACAUGUGUGUACCUAAUUUAUUUUUAUAAUAAUACACCAGCUCCCAGAAGGGAAACUUUUA